CAAAAACCUCACACCAUGUCGAUGUCUGGAGCACCGUCGGCGGUGCGAGCCAUUUUUGCAUUAGACGUAGUGACAGCGUCGCUGGCCUUCAUCUGCUUGGUCAUUGGAAUCCUCCUCACCAUACGCGCCUUCGGAUUGCGAUCGAGAAGCCGGAACUACGACAGAGUGUCGCGAGAUACUCCACGCCACUCGCCUUUGGGAACUUUCGCAUUUCUGCUCCCUGGAUUGGCGCUCCUCUGCCUGGCGUACAGCAUCGCGGCUGCAACGACUGCACUGCAAUACGAUGCUUCCAGUCCGAUCAACAUCACUCCAGCAUAUGCAUAUUACUACUCGUCGGCUUCGGAGUCCUCACAAGCAUCGAGAGUGACGAGCAGACUCUCAUUCGUCAACGCCUUCGCUCUCAUCCUUUACUCCACACUCUUGACAGCAGCCGUAUGGUUGCAUUCGAGCCAUGUGACAUCGAAUGGACUGGGAAUCGGAGCACCUUCGCUGCGCGACUGGAUCUGGAACAUGUUCAUCCUGGCUGCGAUUCUGGGUACCGGACUGGCUUCGUGGGGCCAAGCCAUAUCAGUGAGAGAGAGUGCGCAAGGCUACAGUUCUGUCAUGCAAGCGGAUUCGACAUCGAGAGCACUGUACGCAGCUUUCAGGUGUACAGUCAUUGCUGCAUCUACGAGUGUGAGCGUGGAAGUAGCCGGAAGAUAUCGAGAAGUCAACGCCAAUGGACCGCCGUCUAACUCCGGAAGGCCCAUCCUGGCUCGACUGGUCUUCUAUGCAGUCCCAAUCUGGGCGGUGCGGAACGUGUUCCUCAUUGUGGACAUCGCGAUGGCUUACACGAGUGCGGAGAGCUGGUCGAUUGCAACGCGGCAAGCUAUCGCCUUCCUCUUGAUCAUCUUCGGCCAGAUAGCAGACCUUGCCAUUUUCGUAAUUGUCACAUGGGGUGCUUGGACCAUGGGCAGAGUGGCGAGAUGGUAGAUGUGUAGAUUUUUGCUCACUGAAGCAUCAUCCUGCGCAGAUUGUAUGUUAGCCGGC